UGAGUUCAGCCCCUUCAGCUGGAGGCUCAGGUUUUUCUGGGAGCAAAGAGAAAGCCAUUCAGGGGCUGCGAGCCGUCAGGAGAAGGAAGGCUCCAUACGAACGCUGGGGGGGACAGGGACGAGAGUAGACGUGGAGCAGGGGAUUUGACCUUUAUUCCUGUUCAACUCAGGUCUGUGAGGGCGAUCGGGGAGCUAUGACGGUGCUUUCUGCUCUUUGGGUGAUCUUUCUGUGCCAGCUUCUGUCCUCAUCUUCAGCCCAGCGGCCUGGCCCCAGAGGACCCCCUGGGCCACAAGGACCCCCAGGGCAACCAGGAAGGGAUGGCACUGAUGGGAAACCUGGACCUCCUGGGCUUCCAGGGAAAGCUGGCCCUAAAGGGAAAGCAGGAAUACCAGGAGCACCAGGAAAACCCGGUCUACCAGGACUUCCAGGAGCUGAUGGUUUGACUGGCCCGGAUGGUCCUGCCGGCAAAGACGGACCCCCAGGGGAAACAGGUGACGCGGGCCCUCCCGGUCCACCUGGACCUCCUGGCAGGGGGAGACCCGGCGCCCCAGGAUUACCUGGAACCAAUGGGUUGCCGGGCGGAGUAGGACCCCAGGGACCACCAGGUCCAGAGGGUCUUCCAGGACUUCAAGGACCAACUGGACCUGAUGGACCCCCGGGGCUUCCUGGUACCCUGCAAGAUCUUACUGGUGACCUUCUGUGUCCUGCUAUUUGCCCUCCUGGUCCCCCUGGUCCACCCGGGAUGCCAGGAUUUAAGGGACACACUGGACACAAAGGAGACAAAGGAGAGCCUGGAAAAAAUGGGGAGAAGGGGGACCCUGGUCCACCAGGACAACCGGGUAUUCCAGGAACUGUUGGUCUGCAGGGCCCGCGUGGUCUGAGAGGUCUACAAGGUCCAAUGGGACCUGCAGGGGACAGAGGCUUCCCAGGUUUCAGAGGCAAGCCUGGCCAACCUGGAAUCAUUGGAAAGCCAGGUGAUGUCGGAGAAAAAGGACCGCAGGGAUUUAAAGGACCUAAAGGAGAGAUUGGUAAAAUUGGUCCCAAAGGAGCAACAGGCGGGGCAGGACCCAAAGGGGAGCCUGGUAUGCCUGGAAGAGAUGGGAAAGAUGGAACACCAGGGUUGGAUGGUGAGAAGGGUGAUCCUGGACGCCAUGGAGUAGCUGGAGAGAAAGGACCAAAUGGACUCCCUGGUUUACCUGGAAAAGCUGGAGAAAAGGGAUCGAAAGGACAAGUUGGUGAUGCAGGGAAGGCUGGGGAGCAAGGACCUUCUGGAGAGCCAGGUAUUCCUGGUGAACUCGGCGUGCCAGGAAACAGGGGGAGAGCAGGUCCCAGAGGAGUGGCAGGAGGUAUUGGACCAGCAGGCGGUUCGGGGCCUCAGGGAGUAAAAGGCUUCCAGGGAGUCAAAGGAGCCUUGGGCGACCCAGGACUUCCAGGGCCAACAGGACUCCGUGGAGAGUUUGGAGACAGAGGUCCAGUUGGAGCUUCUGGAGAAAAGGGAGACAUGGGCGUGGCAGGAAGUGAUGGUUUACCAGGAGAGAACGGAGAACCUGGUCCGUUUGGGCCAGUUGGACAAAAAGGAGAGCCAGGAAAGAGAGGGGAACUUGGGCCAAAAGGUGUGACAGGUCCACAAGGAGAGAUCGGGGCAAGGGGACCACCAGGAAAGCCAGGACCGAUGGGGUUCCAAGGGGAGCAGGGCGCGCCUGGAAUUGCAGGAAAGACAGGUGUACCUGGGAAAUUUGCAAGUGAGCAGCACAUCAGAGAGCUGUGUGGUUCCAUGAUUGAUGAUCAGAUUGCACAGCUUGCUGCCAACCUGCGGAGACCCCUGGCACCUGGAAUGGUGGGCCGCCCUGGCCCUGCGGGUCUUCCAGGAAAGCCAGGGGUUGCUGGUUCUGUCGGACAUCCAGGAACCCGUGGACCACCAGGAUACAGAGGCCUGCCAGGAGAACUGGGAGAUCCAGGUCCCAGAGGUGAUGUUGGUGAGGCAGGUGAUAAAGGACCAGUUGGUAAAGCUAUUGAUGGACCUCCAGGAGAUCAAGGAUACCAAGGUCUUCCUGGAGUACCUGGGUUUGCCAAAGAUGGCCGUGAUGGAUCUCCAGGAGAUCCAGGUGAGCCCGGCGAACCUGGCAGGACGGGUCGGACAGGGCAUCAGGGUCCUCCUGGGAUCUGUGAUACAUCAGCCUGCCAGGGAGCGUCACCGGCGGAGAAAUCCACAAACCCCAAAAACAAUUAAGGAUGACUUUCUGCAGUCUGACUACGCCGCUUUUAGGAGGGGAUGUGUUAACAUGAGAGGAAUGACACCACAGAACGUUUACAAGUCCUCUUUAUUUUAACACGUGUAUCUCAAAGGAGGAAUGACAUCUACAAGUGUGAAUGGAGAAACUUCCCAAGAGCGACAGGAACACCAAAACCCCCCAAAGGAUAAAAAAAGUAACAGGUAACAUCUUGAAGUAAAGCGGAUCAGGCAUUGAAAAGUACAAGAGAACAACUGUAUUGUUCCAAUGUUUCCCAAACACAACAGGCAUGCUCCAUUUGUUUCUGUUAUCAUCAAUGUGUCACACAGCAGCUGUGACCGCCUCUGCUGUGUUUCCUCAACAUACAAACUGGCCGUGUAAAAUAUGGACAAAGGUGCAGGGGCUGAAAAUGCUCUGUCCCAGCUGCCCCGAAAUUUUGUAGAAUAAUGAAAAACGACUUAUGUGCAUUUCUUUUUCUUUUUUUACUGCUUUAAUUUUUUUUAAUAUUACUUGUAAAGAGAAGUUAAUUGACUAAAGCUAAAAUAAUCUUAAACAGUUUAAAACAUUUGAAUGCAUAAAUAAUAUGUGUAAUUCAUAAAAAAAUUAGGAACCUUUAAAUUUCUUUGGUUUUCUUUCUCAGUCUGCAAUGACCACAUCCACUGUGUAACACCGGUGCUGUAACUAUUAAAUAUACAUUACAUUAAAUACUAUUUAUUAUUGUGGGUGACUGUUGUAUGUACAGUAAGAUGCUACAGCGACAUGUUGUAAGAACAAAUAAAGCCACUUUUCAGUAAAA